UUCAACAGCAGAGCCCCAAAUAUUUAUUUAUUUGUGUUUUGAAGAUGGGUGGUUAUCACUGCAAUUUCUUUAGAAAUCUUUGCUUAUGAAUUUUUUGUAACUAUUGUGUAAUUUUUGAAUGAUUUUUAUUAAAGAGAAAUAUAAUUGUAGUUUUAAAAUAAUUUAACUAAAUGAUUUGUAAAUGUUAUUUUUUGCUCCCUAUCUUUUACUAAGAGUUACUAUAAUUUUUAAGUUUGAAAGGUUGAGACAUGUAAAUAAUGCUGUAAUGGAAUUCUCAGCAUUUAUUUCUUAAUAAAAGGACUGUUGUUAAUUGAGCGGAAUUGGUAUCUUUGAUUGUAUAUCUACGCAUGCAAUCUUUUGUUAAGUAACUUCUGUUUCUUAAAUGAACAAAUAUUGAAUUGAAUGAAUUCAAUGUGAUCCGAGGAUGCCUGAUAACGAAAAACAGGCUGAAAAUACCAGUCCUAAUCAACCAAAGAUUCAUGGAAGCUCAUCUCUAGAUAAAUCUAGUGGCAGCUCUGGCCCAUCAACUCCACAUCAUGAUCCUGAUCACAGCCGUAAUGAUUGUCAUCUCUUAAAGCGAGAUCCUUUGUUAACUUAUGGCGAACUAGUUAUUUUAGGGUAUAAUGGCACGCUGCCUCAAGGGGAGAAAGGAAGGCGACGAAGCAAAUUUGUUCUUUGUAAACGUCCAGUUUCUAACGGAGUUAAGAAAUCGCAACAUUAUGUUGUCAAAACUCCUCAAUCAUCAAAGGCAAUUUUAGACAGCAAACAACAUUCUAUAUCGUACACACUAAGUCGAAAUCAAGCUGUUAUUGUUGAAUAUAUGCCAGAUGAUGAAACAGAUAUGUUUCAGAUUGGAAGAUCUUCUGAGAGCCCUAUUGACUUCGUUGUGAUGGACACUGUACCUGGUGAUAAAACAGGAGAAGGGAAAGUAAGCCAAAGUACAAUUUCCCGGUUUGCUUGCCGAAUCCUUAUCCACAGGAGUCCAACAUAUACAGCUCGUGUAUAUGCUGCUGGAUUUGAUUCAUCUAGAAAUAUUUUUCUGGGAGAAAAAGCCACAAAAUGGCAACAAAAUGGUGAAAUAGAUGGUUUAACAACAAAUGGUAUCCUUAUUAUGCAUCCUAGAGGCACAUUUUGCGGUGGCUCAGAGCCUGGCAUAUGGAGAGAAGUGUCCGUAGGUGGUGGUGUCUAUGCACUUCGGGAAAGCAGAUCAGCUCCACAAAAGGGCAUGAAGAUAGAUGAUGAUACAAAUAUUCUUCAAGAUGGAACUUUAAUUGAUCUUUGUGGGGCAACUUUGUUGUGGAGAUCUGCUGAAGGGCUUACCAAAUCCCCUACAAAACACUUAUUGGAGGAAAAAGUCGAUGAACUUAAUGCUGGGCGUCCACAAUGUCCUGUUGGUUUGAAUACUCUUGUCAUUCCACGAAAAUCAACUUUAACAUCCAGUGAUAAACAGCCGUAUGUUUAUCUUAUAUGUGGGCACGUUCAAGGUUUGCAUGAUUGGCGUCAAGAUAAAGAUUCUCCUAAUUCUCGUCAAUGCCCGAUGUGCCUGCUUAUUGGUCCUGUGGUAAAACUAACUAUGGGAAUAGAGCCAUCAUUUUAUGUUGAUUGUGGGCCACCAAACUUUGCCUUUAAUCCAUGCGGCCAUAUGGCGACUGAAAAAACUGUUAAGUAUUGGGCAUCAGUUCCCAUUCCGCAUGGUACCAAUGGAUUUCACGCUGCUUGUCCUUUCUGUGCAACCCCUCUCUCGGGAAGUCCUGGUUAUGCGAGACUUAUAUUUCAAGACCAUGUUGAUUGAAGUAAAUUUCCCAAGCAAAUGAUUGCAUUUUAUUUCUGUGAUGCUCUCUGCCAGAAAAAAGCAAGAGGAACUAAUAAAUGUACCUGACUAAGGUGACCAUAAAGAAUUUCAAGCUAAGUGGACUUAAUCCAUGCUACAGGACCACUUAAAGAAAAAUUUUAUUUUGUAUUAAAUGAACAGUUGUACACUUGCAUCAUGCCAGUAACAAUCAUCGUCAUUGAGCUCAUUACUUUAUUAUGAGAGCCAAUAUUUAUGUGAAGCUUUAUGUAAUUGCUUUUGAAUAUAAAUUGCAAGAUGAUUUGCUCUUAUUAUUUUCAAAAUACUUGCAAAUUUUUGAAUGAUGUGCAGUCAUCUUUGAAGUUCCUUUAUUUUUAGAUUUAUAAAUAUGUAUGAUAUAUUUAUAUAAAUAUUAAGGCAAUGUAUCUUUUCAUGCAUUCCUGUGUUUGUGUGAAUUGCUUUUAUUUUGCUUAUUCUUCCAAAUCUAUUUGUAAAUGUUUGUGUGAAUUAUUUUGGCAAUGAAUUUUACCGUAGGAUUGUAGUCAAGUUUUAAUCAUUAUUGUGUAAAAUUUUCUAAAGAGAUGCAAUGUUUUUUUGGUUUUAUUUUAAAAUUUGUUAACAAUGCAUUCUUUUAUUAGAUUGUAGAUAUUUAUUGUAAUAUAUUAUUUUAACCAUUAUUAUUUAUGCAAAGCUUCUAUUUAUUUUUAGUGACCAAAAUUUUAACAUUUAUUAAUUUUCUUACUAAAUUUGUUUACAGAUUAACUUUAUUUGUAUAAAACUAUACAUAUAUACACAUACCAGUGUUUUUUUUUCCAACCUGUAUUGUCUUAUGAUAUGGUAAUUUUUUUACGAAACACUUCAAGUUUUAUUUUUUAAACACAAGUUAAUCAAAUAAGCAGAAAUACUCCAACUUCAGUGCAUUGAAAGUUAAAAUGCAAAAGAUUUAAAAUAUGUCUGUCCUUUCAACCCUGGCUUUAAUCCCUAGCAGAGUGCAACAGUAUUUUUCAGCUUACAGAGUAUGUGUAUUAUACAGGAAAAUUCUUUAUGACAAUAAACCAAAUAUGUACUUGUUUUCAUUCUAAUAAUGAAACGGUAGCAUGGAAUUAAUAGACCUCCAAAAAUUUACUUCAGAUCUAUUCAGAGACCAACUAUUUGAGAUGGUUAAGAAUUAUUCUUUUCAGUGUUAAUGAACUAAAGCAGAUUUUUUUGAAAAUUUAUUAGAACUUAAACAUUUGUCUAUUUGAACUUACAUAUCUGUUACUUUUGUUUUACUUAAUUAUAAAUUACUUAUGUUUUGUGAUCAACAAAGUUUUCUAAAUUCUAAUUUAUUAAAGUAAAAAUACGUAACCCUUCUUGCUACCACGAGGAAAAAUAUUUUCUGAAGCUGCAGAAAAUUUGUAGUAGUUGAAGUCUAUUUCUAGCUAAUAAGUUGAUAUUUGAAGAAAAAGAGAAAUUUUAAUCUUUAUCUACUUCUAAUUUUUGUAUUUAUGUUUACUUGCAUCAGUGUUAAAAAUUGCUACAUUAUGUAAUUGUUAACAAAAUAUUGUCAUAAUUUUAAAUUUAAAAUAAAAAUCCUGAGAAAUUUUAGUAUUUGUUGAACUCUUGACCUGACAAAUCUGCCUUAACUUGACGUUAUUCGUAUAACAUGCUAUACAAGUUGAUUAUUGUAGUUUGUUUGAUAACUUUGACACAGUAUCAAGUUAUGAGCCACUGCUUGGAAAACAUACAUAUAUACUAAUUGUUUGUAAAUUAAUUUGAUCACUUAACAUGUUUCUAAAGGACAGAAAUGUAAACUCAAUCAUGCUGAAUAUGGAUGUAACCUGUUGUUGCUGAAGUUUUUCAUCCAUGAUCCAUGCAUAUAUUAAAAUAUGUUAAACCUUUAAAUUUAGUUUUAGUCAAUGGACAAAAGUUAUUUUUUACAAGCACUUUAUUCAAUAUCUAUUUUUAAUAAUUCAGUGGAAAAACAAUAUUUUUGAAAAAAUUAUGUUAAAAUGUUCAUAUUUUAAAUAGUGACUCCUCUCCGUAAUGAUAGUAAGCAUUAUACUUAAUUUGUCUUAUUUAAAAUGUUACUAUUUUGUAGUUUAGAUUUUUGUGGAAUGUGUAUAUUAGUCUUUCAAGGAAAAGAUGUCAAUGUAUAUAGUAUGUUAAGAGAUAUUUUUUUGUUGCAAUUAUAAAAUGGUGAGCUGCAUCAAAACUUAUAAUUUUUAUAAAAUUACAUCUUUCUUCAAAAUUUCCUUUCGUGUCAUUUAUAAAAAAGAAUGCUUGUUUAUUUGAAGAAAAACAUUUUAAGUUGAAAUGAAUUGUAGAAGUGAAUUUUUAGUUUACUAUGCAUCAUUUGUUAUUAAGCAUAUUAAUCAGUAUUUUAGUCAGUAUGUAUAUUUCAAUUUUUUUCUACUCCUAUCAAUAUUUAUUCUUUGCAAAAUGAACUUGUAAUGCCAAUCACUAUAGAGCUUUAGGUAUAUUGAGAUUUUUUUAUAUACUAGUUUUUAUUAUUGGUGUUUUCAAUACUUUUAUUGUGGAACUAAAUUAUACAUAUUUUUCGUUUAAAACUAUUAGUGAAAUUGACUUUAAUUUUCUCAAUAGCCUGAAAAAUAUAUUGUUCUAAGUUCAAUUUAAAAAUAAUCAUGUGAUAUUUUUAAUUAUAGUGUUAUGUGAAAUCUUUUAUUCAUUUGAAAACUUCAGUGAAUUGUAACUUUAAGUUAGUUAUAUCUUUAUUUAAUAUACAUUUUUGAUCAUAUUCUUCAAAUUUUAUCAGUAUCUGUUUUUAGUUUUCAUUUCCAAUAACAAAUUUAUUGUGAUUAACAAAAGCUUUGUUUUCAUAUAUCUCCAAGUAAUAUUGCUUGCAACUGAAAAGGCAAGGCAUAGUUUGGUUAAAAUUGCUUGCUUCUGAAAAUAGUGGAAGUUUAGUAGUUGCACCCUUACACAGCAUCUAGUCAGCUUUCACAACUGCUUUUUAGAUAGCCAUUUAACAAGUUGAGUUGUGAAACCAGCGCUCAUUUCUUACAAUGAAAUAUUCAUAAUUUGCAUAGCAUUGCGCUUAGUUUUAAGAACAUUUACAUACAAAAGUAACCAUUGCACUAAAUAAAAUUUUAAAAAAAGUAAUCUAGAAAAGAUAACAAAAACUUGAUUUUAAAUUUGGAACCUGGAUUUUAUUCUUUUAAGAACUUAUUUUCAGUUAUUUAAUAAAUGUGUCUAGUUCUCAGUAAGCAAUACUUAGAAAAUAAGAACUCUCACAGAAUCUCACAGAACCAAAAAUCAAAGGCUUCAAAAAAGAUCACUCGAACCUUUAAAAUUACAUUUAACUGUAACUUUCAAUUAUUGUCUUGUGUCUUCUGAUGUAGGCACUUGAUAUAUAGGUUUUACAUAUUGCAUUGACUCAAUUUUAAAUACUGUAAUUCCUCAAUAUAGUUUUUUGCCAAUCUAGAUUUGUGUUGUACAUCUAGUUAGUGUCUUCUACUAUUGUUUAGCCACUGCCAAUAUUGGGGAGCCCAAUGGUGUACAACUUUUAAACCUUUUGCGAUGGGAGUUUUAAAUGUGUGCUUAUUGCUAAUUCUAGGAGUCUCUUUCUCGAGCACCUGUUCAGGACCGAAGGAUUUAUGUUAAGCUAAAAUCCAUGAAAAUACCAAAAUAUGAACAUGUUCAACAAUAUAGUGUAAAGUUGAUAAACAAUACCUGCUGCAUAUAUUUUUAAUUUUUUUUUCCUUGUUUCAUUACUUUUUUGAAAUUUUUUUUCUCCAAUUUAAUGACUUGGCUUUAUUGACCUUUUUUUAAUGUUUAAAAAUACUGUGAAAUAUACAGGUUUGACUAGUUAAAUUUUUAAUUUAUCUAAAAAAAAUCUUAAUGUUGAUUUUUUUCAACUGUUCCAACAAUUUGAAUCAUAGUUGUAUGACAUGCUUACUUUAACAAGUAUGCAUAAAGCAGCAUUUAUAAAACAUGCUCUAUUUCAGAAACAUCCUUUUCUCAUGUUUAUAUAAUUAAAAAAAUUAUACGACUACCGUUUUAAAUUUUGAUAAGAAGGUCAAAUCUCCGUGUAUCUUAAAUCCCAUGGAGCCACUGAACUUGUGCCAAAAAUUAUGGUUUUGGAAGUAUUCUAGAACACUGUUACAAAUACCCGACUGUCAGGAGUGAACGAAAAAGCACUCUUGUAUCACGGGAAAUGAGAGCGUUUCAGGCUGGCACGUAUACGUGACAAUCGUCGCAAAAGUGUUAAAUAUACAAAAUUUUAACAAAUUAAUUCUGUGAGUGUACGUCAGAAAAGUUAAGAUUUUUAGUUAAAAUUUUUGAUUGAUCAACAAUCUGAAUAAAGUAAAGUUCUACUACAUGAAAAUAUUUCAAAAAGGUGAAGGUUCCAAAUUAAGUUUUAAUAAUUUGCUAUGCUUUUUUAUAGGUUUCCAUUAUUUUUAAAAAUUAGUUCAACUGAAUUAGAUGAUCAACUUUUAAGGAAAAAACAGAAAUUAAACUAAGACUAUUAUUUUAAAUAUGUAUUUUAGCAGCUUACUUUUUUGUAAUACAAUCUAAAAUGUAUCAAUUUAUUAUUCAAAUAAUAAAAUGCAAGCAUACGAUAACAAAGAAAGUUUAACCAUACCUUACAACUACUAUGAAAUUUCUGUAGUUUCAGAAGAUAUUUUUAGCAAUAGUAAAGGUAAUUUAUUAAUAUUUCAAUAAAUUUUGAAAGUAUUGUUUACCACUACUAAUAGUUAUUUGAAAAGACAUAAAGUUGGAUAGACAAAUAGUUAUGUUCUUUAACAAAAGAUAAUCUGGAAAGAAGUUUUUAUAAAUAUUAUAUUUGCUUAAAAAUUUCUACUUCAGUUCCUUACCGCUGGUAAAAAAUUCAUCGAAAAAACCUCCAAGGGUAUGCAUAUUACAACAAAUUUAUGAGACUCGUGACAUUUGCAAAGUAAUAGACAUACUUUCUUUUUUUCCCUUCAGGACAAGCAUUUUAUAUAGUUCAUAUAGAUAUAAAAUUCAUUCUGAACUAAGCCAAAAGGAAUUUUCACAAGUUAAUAUACUGUAAUUCAACACCUAUAUCUCGGCAUCUUUAAAAUAGUGUAAGGAAAUAAUUAAUGGUUUGACUUAUAAUAUAAAAUCACUGAGCUUAGUUUUAAUUAUCAGGGUUUGUAGGCAUUAAAUUCUGAAACUGAGAAAGCGAAUCCUGGGCUGAACAUUUGAUAAUGGUAACAACCAAGCAAUAUUGCCUUUAAUUGCAAUAUGUGAUCAGGUCAUUUUCAUGUAGUUUAUCAUUAUUAAACCAUGUGGCUGCACAUAAGAUAGAAACAAACUCAAUAGUUCAUCUGUCCAGACUAUUCCACUAAUCACCAACUCUAAACAAACCAAAAGAUUAAAAAAAAAAAUAAUAAUAAUUUGUAACAAGUUUUACUGCAGUCUUCUGUGCAUUAAUGUGAUUUAACAUUCUGUGGAAAAUAAUUGUGUGCAAUUUUUUUUGGAAUUUAAUUCCGUCGAAUCAAUAUUUCUGAAGGUAUAUUUAACCAUGUUGUUUAAUUGAUUCAUCUAUUUCGGUUCAGAACAGUGUGUGUCAAUUAUAUUUCUUCCAUGGAAAAAAAUUUUGUUAAUAAGGAAACUAAAUGCUCUAUUAUUUACAUUAAAAAAAAUAUUCUGUUACUCUUACUUUAAAUUUUAGAUUUUUCACUACAAAUAUAUGAUUUUUACAGUUUUGUUAUUGACUGUAAAAACUUAUUAUUUAACUGGAAAACUUGUAACUGUAAAAAUAGAUUUUUGAGGGUUGGGAAAUUACUGGUUAAAAGAUUUACUUUUUGAUAAACAUGAGUUCCAUUGUAAUUAUGAGAGCUAGCAAUAACUUAUAUUGCAAAACUAUGUCAUUAAAAACUUGAAAAUUAUUAUAAAGCGAUGAAAUUUAUUCUUUGUAUGUCUGUAAUAAAAUUGCCUAGUUACAAAAUUUAUUUUACACUAUUUUUUUCAAUGUAAUAAAACAAUUUAUAAAUUUUAGAAUUAAAAUAAAAAGUAUUUUCGUAAUAUUA